AUGGGUAAAUCAUCGCAAUACGGCGUUAUCCUUGACGCCGGUUCCUCUGGAACCCGAGUGUAUGUUUACAAAUGGAAGAACCAUGCCAAAGCCGUCAAGGGGGCAUCCGCUGUUGAGCUCAAGUCUCUCCCCAAGAUUAAGCUCAAGGAAAACAAAAAGAUACAUCCUGGUGUCUCUAGCUUUGCCGAAAACCCGUCUCAGAUUGGACCCGACCAUCUACAACAACUGAUCGACAUUGCCCUCGAUGAAGUACCAGAUAGCAAGAUAUCCGAGACGCCUGUGUACCUUAUGGCGACGGCUGGUAUGCGCCUACUACCCAAACCCCAGCAAUCUGCACUUCUAAAGUCGAUGUGCACUUACUUACAAACGACUACGAAAUUCAUCCUUCCCGAUUGCGAUGCUCAUAUACAAGUCAUUUCCGGAGAAACAGAGGGUUUAUACGGCUGGAUUGCAGCAAAUUAUCUGCUGGGUGGUUUCGAUCAUCCUGAGGAACACGACCACGGCAAAAAUCACCACACAUACGGUUUCCUGGAUAUGGGUGGCGCAUCCGCACAGAUUGCCUUUGCCCCGAACGCUACCGAAUCUGCAAAACAUGCCGAUGACCUGAAGCUGGUGCGCAUGCGAACGCUUGAUGGAUCCCCUGCUGAGUACAAAGUUUUCACCGCGACCUGGCUCGGGUUUGGUGCCAAUCAAGCUCGCAGCCGUUACGUAGAACGUCUACAGGAACACUACAACACUGACGCUACCCAUGAACUACCUGACCCUUGUAUGCCCAAUGGCUUGCGAACCACUCUCGAUGGCGAACUUGUCCAAGGGACAUCCGACAAGACUAUAUUGGCUGGCACAGGAAAGUUUGACGAAUGCUUGACUGUGACGUAUCCUCUUCUGGGCAAGGAUAAACCUUGUGAAGAUCAGCCAUGUCUUGUCAACGGCCAGCAUGUGCCUGGCAUCGACUUUGAUAUCAACCAUUUUGUUGGGGUUUCUGAAUAUUGGCAUACAACACAUGGCGUUUUUGGAAAGAAGCAUAAAGCAUACGACUUGGCAACGUAUCAGAACAACGUCAUGGAAUAUUGCAGUCGCAAUUGGUCGGACAUUGAGAGCGAUCUGGACAAACGCAAGAAAUCGCCCGAGAAGAAGGCAGAAGAGGCGCGUUUGGCCUGCUUCAAGGCGUCGUGGCUCAUCAACAUGCUCUACGAUGGCAUUGGCAUUCCCCGAGUUGGACUUGAAGGAGGGGCAUCCAACGACACGGCAAAGGAUGAGGGAGAGAAGUCGUUCAACGACCCUUUCAAACCUGUGGACACUAUUGAUGGUAUCGAACUGAGUUGGACAUUGGGUAAAAUCGUCCUCUACGCCGCUGGACAGGUUCCUCCUUCGAGCUCCGAACUACCUGUUGGCUUUGGUAGCAACGUCGAAAAGGGAGUAGCGGAAGACUUUCAGCACGCCGGCUCCUCGCCUAUUUCUCCUCAUACCGGGAUAGAUGAUGACGAUGACAAUGAUCUGGAAGAUAUUCUCAAGAAGCCCGGAAAGUCCACCGGUGGUGUCAUAGCCUUCAUUGUCAUACUGUUACUCGCAGCUUAUUUCCUCCGUAAACCUGAGCGGAGGAGGAAAGUAUUUGGUAUGGUAAACCGUCGCAGACGCUCGGGGAAACAAGGACGUGGCUCCUCCUUGGUCAGCAAAAUUUUCGGUCGUCGGUCUGGGCCAUCAUAUGAAAGAGUUAUGGAGGAGGGUGACUUUGCCGAUUUUGAGCUGGGUGAGGUCGACUCGGAUGAUAACGACCCAUCGGAUAGCAGUAGUAAUGGAUCACGAAAGGGGCGAACAUCGGGUCUGGCAGCGCACAGUCUUUCUGCAGGCCGCGCUGACGAGCUUACUCGGCCGCCUUCAGCAAUGGACCGUGCUGGGCUCGUGGUGCGAACAGAAAGUCGAGAACGUCUAUCGCCUUCGUUGUUGAGCGCUGGUCGAAAGAGUCGCAACGGGAGCCCAACGCGUGCCAAGAGCCCUUUCAUGACACCUGUGCAGGAAGAUUAA